AUGCUAUGCAAUCGGAGACCAAAAAGUGCCUCGGUACUGCUACCGAAGUAUUGCGAAUUGCAUCCCGAAAUUGCUAGUGCAUUCCCGUACCCGUUGCCUCUGCUCAAUUUCUUGCAUUUUUUGCUAAGUUGCGCUGUUAAUGAAAAGGUUUGUUUUUAUUUUUACUUACCCUUUCGUGAACGAAGCCUUUUUUUGCGGAGAAUUUGGACGGAGAGGAGAUCGAACCUCAUCUCGGUUCCCCUGUAUUCUUCGUUUUGUGACAUAUUAACCAUUUCAGUAUCAAUAACAUUGCAUUAA